CUCCCCCGGCCCUGGCAGCCACAGGAGGAGCAGGCGGCGGUCGGAGUAGCGGCUCCCUGGCCCCAGCCCUGCCCCAGUCGCCGCUGCCGCGCUGAGAUGCCGCCCGCCGUCCCGCCGCUGCUGCCGCUGCUGCUGCCACUGCUGCUGCUGGCGGCGGCGCGUCCCGCCGCCCCCCCGCACAGGCCUACAUUUACAUGUGGAGGAGUUGUAUCUGGAGAGUCAGGGUUUAUUGGGAGUGAAGGAUUUCCUGGCGUCUACCCACCAAACAGCAAAUGUACUUGGAAAAUCACCGUCCCAGAGGGAAAGGUGGUGGUGCUUUCUUUCCGGUACCUGGACCUGGAGAGCGACGCCCUGUGCCGCUAUGACUUUGUGGACAUCUACAGCGGCCACGGCAGCGGGCAGCGCAUCGGCCGGUUCUGUGGCACCGUCAAACCAGGGGCCCUGGUGUCCAGCAGCAAUAAAAUGUUGGUGCAGAUGACUUCAGAUGCCAAUACUGCUGGGAGUGGAUUCAUUGCCAAGUUUUCUGCAGCAGAACCAAAUGAAAGAGGGGACCAGUACUGCGGGGGACGGCUGGAGAAACCCUCGGGCUCCUUCCACACGCCCAACUGGCCAGAGCGGGACUAUCCCGCGGGUGUCACCUGCUCCUGGCACAUCGUGGCCCCGAAGAACCAGCUAAUAGAGCUAAAAUUUGAGAAGUUUGAUGUGGAAAGAGACAACUACUGCAGAUAUGACUACGUUUCAGUGUUCAAUGGUGGGGAGAUCAAUGAUGCCAAAAGAAUUGGGAAGUACUGUGGAGACAGUCCACCAGCGCCUAUUCUGUCUGAGAAAAAUGAGCUGCUCAUUCAGUUUUUAUCUGAUUUAAGCUUAACAGCUGAUGGCUUUAUUGGCCAUUACAAAUUUAGACCAAAAAAGUUACCCACAACUACAGCUCUGCCUACAACCACAACAGUCCCUGCUACCUCAACUGUGAAACCUACAGUUGCCCUUUGCCAGCAGAAGUGUAAAAGGAGUGGGACUCUGGAAAGCAAUUAUUGUUCAAGCAACUUUGUAAUAACUGGAACAGUAAUCACAACAGUACCACGGGCUGGCAGUCUGCAUGCAACAAUAUCCAUCAUUAAUGUAUAUAAGGAGGGGAAUUUAGCAAUCCAGCAAGCUGGCAAGAAUAUGAGUGCCAAGAUUCUUGUUAUGUGUAAGCAGUGUCCUCUCAUCAGGAGAGGUUUAAACUACAUCAUCAUGGGCCAGGUAGAAGAAGAUGGCAGAGGCAAAGUCUAUCCCAACAGCUUUGUCAUGAGUUUUAAGACUAAGAACUCAAAGAUCUUAAAUGCCUUGAAAAACAAAACAUGUCAAAAUUGAACUCUGCAGUGUUCUAUCAUCUGUCUUGAACAAUCAUUUUAACUUAGCCUAAGUCAUGGAAAUACAAGUGACUGCCAACAGUACAACCAUGCUGACCCUUCCUCCUCUCCUGUCCACAUAAGCACAGCUGGCUCAAAGUGAAAUCCAUUCCAUGUACCAGAUGAGAACAGACCCUCCUAAGGCUGAAAGCCGAAGAUUUGCAGCACAGCCAUCUGAUCUCAAAGAAAAAUUCCAAUUACUUGGAAGAUGUUAAUUUAUAACUGUCCAAUUUUUUAAGGAGUUUUGUACGUAAAAUAAGAAUUCUAAGUGCAAUAUUUAUAGCAACUCAGUUCAACUCAGCUUUUUUCUCUAAAGUUGUUUUAUUACAUGGAUUUCUGCAUUAUUAUCAGUGCUUAAUAAAAUAUUUUAAGAUUAAAUCAUC